CUAAUGUUUGUAUCUCAGGGAGGAAUGGAGGCGUGUCUUUACUGUAAACAUGAGUCAGGAAGAACUCACUAAACUCUUCACUGCAGAUUAUUUACGCCUUCUUUAACAGUAUUUUCUUCAAAUCUAAACUUGUCACUCGACUCUGACUUUGUCCUCGAUACUGCUGGCACCAUGACAGUGUUUGAAAACUGUACUGUGGUGUUAGAUGUGAAAAAUCUGCCUUUUAAAGAGAAGAAUAAACUGAGACUAGCUCUUCUGAAGAACGGAGGAAACAUCUCAUAUGUCAUCAACAAAGAGUGCUCUUUUGUAGUCACUAGCAGUGUGAAUGACCUUAGCAGUAACCGGCAGCGCAGCAUCCUGAAGCUCCAGAUCCCAGUGGUCGGGACGCAGUAUGUGUGGAGCUGUCUGGACCAAGGGCAUCUCCUGCCUUUGACGGAGCAUGAUUUGGCCCCACAGCUGGCGUAUCCCGGCUCUCAAUUCCUUCCCCGUUCAGAGGUAAAAGAGUCGACACACAAACUAGAAAAAGAGAAGUUCAAAGGUCACGGUGAACUGACAAAGACUGAGCUUGAGAUUCUUGAGAAGGGUGGACCCCGUCCUGACAGGUUCAGAGUUUAUAAAGAAGGCGACCAUGGCCUGCCUGAAUUUCCUUCUUAUUUUCAAGUAGCCAAGUAUUCGGUUUUUGAGAGGGUCAAACCCAAGGCUUUGUCUGUUUUGGAGCUGCAGAGUGCCAAAGGUCGAGCAGGCCAGCAGUAUCGUGUGUUGUGUUCAGUCUUGCGUGAAGCUGAGACCGCUGUGGUUCAAGACAAGCUUGUGUUCUGCGUGACGUCUGAAGAUGCAGUGGAAGCAUAUCUGCAGCUGAUGAAGGAGAUGGAGACAGAGGGAUUCACAAAGACACACACACUUCCCCCUGAGGUUGAGCGCUUGGCAUCCUACAGCCUGCAGCAGCUGCUGUUGGAGGAGAAGCUGAACUGCAGCACAUUAUCACAGGAAGUUGGUGUCUUCGUGGAGCUGGUUUGGACUGAAGCUCUCGGGUCCCUUAAUAACAUCCUGACAGUCCCUGUCUCCAGAAUCAGCCUCAAUGAUGUGAGCAGGGUGGAGGGAUUGUUACUGCAGGCACAAAAGACGGAGAAAGAGGAUGAAGUCAAAGCCCUGCUGGAGGAGGUCAACACUCUUCUACCCCUCAGAAUGAUCGACCCUCCUUCCAAACACAAGCUUGUGUCUCAGAAACUAAACCUUUGUCAGCUGAUCAGAGAUAUUGUAAAUGUCAGUGAGGCCACUCUGGGAAUCCCCUCGGUCUCGUCUCUGGGAAAGUAUCGAGCUCUGAGGUGCAGCAUUGAGGUUGUUCCACCACAAAACCCUGAGUUUCAUGUUGUCUCUCAACUGCUUCAGGACAGGCCUGUUCAGAUUCAGCAGAUACUGCGUGUCAGCAGAGGGGUGGAGCUUCAGAUGUUUAGGGAGGAUUUAGGCAACAUUAAACCCCUCCUCCACUCCACUAGUUCCAGCAGCUUUGUUGGAAUACUGUCACGAGGUCUGCUGCUGCCCAGGGUUGGAGUUGAACAGCAUGGGAUCGAGAGAACGGAUAUCGGGAAUCUUGGAGGAGGAAUCUACUUCAGUGACUCUCUGAAGACUAGUGUGAAAUACUCCAAGCCCAGUGUAACUGACGGCUCUCGGCUGCUGUUGGUGUGUGAAGUGGCGUUGGGUCGGUGUAAGGACCUGCUGAAGAAAGACAACACUUUGACUUGCGCUCCUGACGGCUGUCACAGUGUACACGGAGUCCGCCGCUCUCCCAGCAGACUCUCUGACUUUGAGGAUGAUGAGUUUGUCGUCUAUAACACAGAGCAGAUCAGAAUGAAGUAUGUGGUCCAGUACAGUCUGGAGGGGGACGAGUUAAAAGAGUUCCAGCCUCAUAUUAACACUCAGCUCAUGCAGAUCAUGGACACAACCGCUGAUGUCUUGUCCAGUGAUGAUGGUGAGGGUUUGGAGUCCACUAAGAAUCCUCUAGAGGAGAUGAACGCAGGUUUGCUGGACAGCAGUGGUCAGAAACUUCCUCUACAGGCUGUCAAUGUGAAGUGCAAGCUGAUGGACCUGCUGUGUCAGGUCAUCAUUUUUCAGACCUACACAAACCAGAGUGCUUUUCCCAUUGAAGCUAAGUAUGUCUUUCCACUGGAGGAGACGGCAGUAGUGUGUGGAUUUGAAGCCUUUAUCAAUGGAAAACAUGUCAUUGGAAAGGUAAAGGAAAAAGAGCAGGCUCGUAAGGAGUACAAGCAAGCCAUAGAGAAAGGCCAUGGAGCCUACCUGAUGGACCAGGAUGCACCUGAUGUAUUUACUAUCAGUGUGGGGAAUCUUCCUCCUGGAGCCACAGUUCUGAUCAAAGUGACGUUCAUCACUGAGCUGCUGGUCAGAUCAGGCUCUAUAAUCUUCUCACUGUCCGGCAGCGUGGCACCAUGGCAACAGAGCGCCGCCCUUAAUCAGACAACUCAGGCAACUGUUGAAAAGAUUGGUGUGACGGAGCUUCAGUCAGAGGGAGAGUUUUCUCUGUCUAUGUCCAUUGAAAUGCCUUAUGAGAUCAUCAACUUGAGCUCUUCACACCGCAUCAAAACCAAGAGGACAGACUGUAAGGCAGUGAUCAGCACGUUACCGGGACAGACUCUGGGAUCUGAAGGGUUACAAGUGUCCUUCAGUCUUUCUAAUAUCCACAUGCCCAGGAUGUGGGUCGAGAACCAUCCGGAUAAAGAUAGUCAGGCCUGCAUGCUGGUGUUUUAUCCAGACUUUAAGUCAAGUGGGGUGUCCAGCUCUGGAGGUCUGUCCAAUGUGAGCGAUGUGGUCAUUCUACUGGACUCCUCCAAGUCCAUGCGGGGAGACGCCAUGCUAAACGCCCGCAGGAUUGCCCUUCAAGUCCUCAAAUCUCUGGAUCACUCACUGAAGAUCAACAUCAUCUCUUUCAGCACUGAUUACAAGGAAGCUUUUCCUGCACCAGUGCCUUUAUUUGAGGCAUCUGAAGCAGCCAGAAAAUUUAUUAUGUCGUGUAGCGGCUCUGGUGGCAGCACUGAUCUGUGGCGGCCUCUCCGGAUCCUGAGUCUGCUGCCUCCCUGCCGGGGCGUGAGGAACAUCCUGCUGCUCUCUGAUGGACAUGUCCAGAACCAGCCUCUGACCCUACAGCUGGUCCGGGAAAACUCCUGCCACACGCGCCUCUUCACCUGCGGACUCAGCUUGACAGCUAAUCGUCAUAUGCUCAGAGCUUUGGCUCAGGCAGGUGGAGGAACAUAUGAAUUUUUUGACACAAAGAUGAAAUACACUUGGACAGAGAAGGUGCGUGCUCAGGUCGAGCGUAUGGAGUCUCCAGGCUGCAGAUCAGUGGCAGUGAAGUGGCAGCAGUUUAGUCCCACAGCGCCCCGUCCUGUUCAAGCCCCUUCACAGCUUCACGCCCUCUUCAGUGACUGUCACUCUCUGGUGUACGGCUUUGUGCCACACUGCACUCAGGCCACACUGUUUGGUGAUUUGAGUGGACAAGAGAUCAAAACCAUGGUUUCCACUACAGAACUACAAAAGACAAAAGGAACUUUCCUUCACAAGUUAACAGCAAGAGCGAUCAUCAGAGACUAUGAAGAUGGCAUUCUAGGCAACAGUGAGGCAGAACACGAGGGGAAGAAAGCAGAGCUGAAGUCCUACAUCAUUGAGAUCAGUAAAGAGUUCUCCAUCUUGUCCCAGUUCACAAGUUUUGUCGCCGUUGAAGAGAGGGACCAGACGGAGCUUGACACUGGAUUCACAGAUAUUCCUAAAAUUAUAUCAGAAGAGGAUGUGGAUAUUUUACCAUACAUGGGCUGGACUGAAGAGAAGCUGGAGACUGUGCAUAUUAUUGCUGCUGAAGAUGAUGAUAUGGAUUUAAUGGAAUGUCACAGUAGCUUCCUCACAACUUCUGAUGGUUUUCGCCAAAGAUUGAAUAGGUGUAUGGAUUUUGGUUCCUCGGCCCCUGUAGCAGCACAAAAUAAACUUGGUUUUAAAAAAAAUAAAUUGUUAAAACGAAUGAGCAGACCUCACACAGUGGCCUGGAAUGAGCUGUUUGAACUUCAGCAUGAGGAUGGAUACUGGGAGUGCACUGACAGGCUGAGCAGCUUCCUCAACCUGGACGUUGACUUUUUUGCCAAUGUCUUCCUUAAGGAGAAAGGCAUCCGUUCUUUUGGUGUGAAGGCUCAUGCUGACAUUCUGAGGCUGGUGGCGACUCUGCUGGUGCUGCAGCUGAUCCGGGUGAAGAAGCUGGCAGUGGGACAGCUGCUCGAGUCUCUCCUCCGGCUGAAAGAGUCCCAGGAGCCCAGACCGAUGUACUGGGAAGCAGUGAAGAGGGCCGUGGACUGGGCCUGCCGGACAGACAGACAGUAUCCGUGUGUGUGCAGCAGGCUGGAGAUCGGCUGGGAUUGGGAAUCAUCUACACGUCAACUACUGGGCUGUGAUUCUCCACACCCAUAUUCCCCACUCAGACCUGUUCUGGAGAGACGUACAGGUGUAUCAGUCAUGUAGAAACUGGACAGACACUUCCCUCUUCAUUGACAGUUGCUGCUUCACUUUGCUGUGUGCCUAAUAUUGAUUGCUUAAUAAAUGUCUUUAUGAGACUUGAGCUUUAUAGUGCUCUCAAAAAUAUAUUUGGACACCUGAACUUAAUAAGAUGCUUGAAUUUCAUUGCAUUUAAAAGAAAAUAUUUAAAAAGUGCCCUUUUUGCUAGAACCUUUUUUCUGAACUAGACAUUUGUUCAGUCAAUUGUCAAUGUGAUUUUUAGUGGCCAUUUAAAAUCAUUUGUCCUCAAAUUCACACUGAUCAUUACAUUAACUAUGAUUAUGAUGCUGUAUGUUGUUUUAUCAUAAAAAUUAAAUUUUAGUUGUGAAAUGUUUUACUGACAAGUCUGCAUGUGCUGUCUUUUUUAAAUAAACUAAAUAAAAUAAAGAUAAAUA